AUGCCUGUAUACUUUGCCAGGGCAGGAGAGGUGCCAGGCAUGAUCAUACUGGUCCUUAUUGCUUUGCUAAGUGGCUUUGGUGGCGGUCUGUGGGUGAUUCUGGGCCGCUAUGUCGGCGGUAACACGAUUGAGGCCAUAGUAAGUCGGGCCUUUGGCAUGAAUACACGUUGGAAGAAGAAUCUGGGACAUGGUAUUGGCAGUGUUCUCUUGGUUAUAUACUGCACAGGGGCAGCUGUUAUUGCCUACCACGCUAUGACCGAUUUGCUUUUGCAAGUGUCUUUCUACUACACAGCAACAGGCCAGCUCUUCCAUGACCGUGCUUUCGUUACCCUGGCUGUAGGAGGUGCAUUAACCCUACCUCUUCUUCUCUCGACAACGCCAAAGCGCAACAUUAUCCAAAUUCAAUCAUGGAUAGUGCUUUUGUUCUACCCAGCGGUUAUCGGUAUCAUGUUUGCUCGGCUGAAUGAUCUUACUAUCCCCAGCUUGCGACGUGGAUCACCCAUGUCAAAGGACGUAUCAUUGACUACGUUUGUUCCAAUGCCGCAAGAAAAUAUGUAUGCCUGGCCCUGGGCAAGCACAGCUAUGAUCCCAUUGCUUACAUUGAGUACAUCACCAGCUCAAAUCCUGGCACACAACCGAAGUCUCAGGCGAAAACAUGCGUAUGACUCCAACGUUAUUUCGUUUCACAUUGCACAGUUUGUGCAAGUGCUCAUGGUAGUGGCUGUCGUCUACUUCAUGAGUGUGGAGAUCGGUAUGUUUGGGACAGAAGAACUGCAAGGUGGUCUGCACCCAAACUUUUUCACGGCCUUCCCGCUGGAUGAUAAUUAUGUGAAUGUGGCACGCAUACUCUUUGCGAUCUUACUCGCAGCACAUGUAUCUGUGUGCCUUGCCUCAGCGCGAUCGUGCUGGAGCCGCUUCUUGAACUUGAUGAAUCUACAUCCUUUGCGCAGUAUUGCGCCUCCUACGCCCCACUUGUAUCGACGCCCUACGUUUCAACGGCAGCUGAGCCGCUCUUUCACUCAAUCAAGCCCGCUAUGGCUGCCUUCCUCUUGGCGUAGUCCGUCGCAGCCUUUCUUGUCAGAGCAAGAUACGGCGGAACUGCGGACUUGGCGCCGAUUCAAGUUUUUACGCAGCACAUUGGGUGGAGUUAUGUUAUGGACGAUCACAGCAACAACAGCCUAUGUCGCUGGCGUAGGCGGUCUCUUUCGUCGGGAAGAGAAAGAAGGUGAAGAGCUUCGAUUUUUACGCUCGAUCGAGGUUAUGGGUGUAUUCGGCGCUUUCGUGGGCUUUAUUCUUCCGGCCAUUAUCUGGCUCAUUCUUUUCCGUAUCCGACGCCCGCGGGCGAUUUUGUUGUUGCAAACCAACGCCAUGCGCCGGCGUAUCAAUCAAUACUUACUUUCGCCUCUUAGUACGCUGAUUGGCAUGUCUCAUCCGCCUACGGAAGAGACCGAACCUCUACUCUCAGAGCCACACGCUGAUUCUGAUGAUGCCACAAGUCCUGCACGGGAAGUACACAUAUCCAUGCCGAACCAUCUGAAUGAACACACAGCGGCAGAUUGCGACGAUGCAACAUUGAUUCUGCUCGCACGCAAAGAGCGUGAACUCCAGCGGAAGUCACGAGGACGUCGUCGUAUGCAAGAGCUUGUCGUGGUGGCAGCCCUUUUGCCAUGUGGUUUCUUGCUGGUCGUCAUGGCCCUGUUUGACCUGACAAAGGGAGAAUACUAA